UUAGGUUCUGUUCUGUGUUUUUCUAUAUAGGGUCAAAGUCUUGUUCUCUUUGAUCUAGAAGCCCCACCAAAAACUGGGAAAAUGGAGGAGAAUCUAAAGCAGAAAUUGCUGAACAGAGCAGCAACCUCAGAGCAAGAAAAAGAAGAUGAAUCAUCGUUGUGGAAAAGGGUGUGGAAAGAGAGCAAAGUGAUGUGGAUAGUGGCAGCACCAGCCAUAUUCACUAGGUUCUCCUCCUUCGGUCUCAAUGUUAUAAGUCAAGCUUUUGUUGGUCAUAUUGGCCCAAGGGAACUUGCUGCUUUUGCCCUUGUCUUCACUGUUCUCAUUCGCUUUGCCAACGGUAUUCUGUUAGGAAUGGCGAGUGCUUUGUCAACACUCUGUGGACAAGCAUUUGGGGCAAAAGAAUAUAGCAUGAUGGGAGUGUAUCUUCAGAGAUCAUGGAUAGUUUUGUCCUUGACUGCACUUGUUCUUGUUCCUGUGUUCAUCUUCACAAGCCCAAUUUUGAUACUUUUAGGCCAAGAUGAGAACAUAGCACAUGUUGCAGGAAUCAUUUCUCUCUGGGCAAUUCCUGUCAUGUUUUCUUUCAUUUUCUCUUUCACCACCCAAAUGUUUCUGCAAUCUCAAAGCAAAAACGUCAUCAUUGCAUUCUUGGCAGCUUUUGCGAUAGCGAUUCAUGUGUUUCUCUCCUGGCUUUUGACAAUGAAUCUGAAGCUCGGGAUUACUGGUGCAAUGAUUUCAACAAUUUUGGCAUACUGGAUUCCCAACGUUGGUCAAAUCAUAUUUGUGACAUGCGGGUGGUGCUCUGAUACAUGGAAAGGUUUCUCCUUUCUGGCAUUCAAAGACCUCUGGCCUGUUGUCAAGAUGUCCCUUUCUGCCGGUGCCAUGUUAUGUCUUGAGCUCUGGUACAACACAAUAUUGGUUCUGUUAACGGGUAACAUGGAAAACGCAGAGGUUCAAAUCGAUGCUCUAUCUAUAUGCAUCAACGUGAAUGGAUGGGAAAUGAUGAUAUCACUUGGCUUCAUGGCUGCUGUAAGUGUUCGCGUGGCAAACGAGCUUGGAAAAGGAAGCUCCAAAGCUGCAAUCUUUUCUAUAGUUGUGACGGUGCUUACAUCCUUUGCAAUUGGGUUAAUCUUGUUUAUAAUUUUCUUACUUUUAAGAGAAAAAAUAGCCUAUGUAUUUACAACAAGCGAAGAAGUGGCUAUUGCUGUUGGGGAUUUGUCACCUCUGUUGGCAUUUUCUUUGUUACUAAACAGUGUUCAACCAGUUCUCUCAGGGGUUGCUAUUGGAGCAGGGUGGCAGAGCACCGUAGCAUAUGUGAACAUAGGCUGUUAUUACAUAAUAGGUGUUCCUGUUGGAAUAUUACUUGGUCAUGUUUUCCACUUGCAAGUUAAGGGUGUUUGGAUCGGAAUGUUGUUUGGGACACUAAUUCAAACUAUAGUUCUGAUUAUAUUAACCUACAGAACUAAUUGGGAUGAACAGGUAAUGAUAGCCCGUAUCCGAAUUAAUAGGUGGUCUAAAGCUGAACCUGAUCAUGAAACAAUUAGAUCAGAUAAUUAGUUUCAUACUUUUGUCUGCUUUUCUUUCACAGCUAAAAGAUUAAUUCAUCUUUAUUUGAUUGUUAUUUGUUAAACUUUAUCAAACAACAUUUCUUUUAUCCUU